GGUAAAUCAUAUCAGUUUCUGUUCCGCCAGCAGCCACAACCCGAUCCCACCAAGAUGUUCAAGUUUUUCGCUCUGUGCCUGUUCGCCAUCGUCGCUUUGGCCGCUGCCAAGCCCCAAUUUCUGACCGCCUACAGCGCGGCCACGCCUUAUGUGGCAGCCACGCCCUACGCAGCCUACACGGGCGGUGUUUACGCUUCGCCCUACACCGCUGCCUACACCAGCGGCGUGUAUGGCGCCUCGCCCUAUGUCUACAGCGCGGGCUAUCCCUACAGCUCUCUGUAUCUGAGACGUUAAAUGCAUGCUCAGACUUUCGAUGGAGUGUUUACUGUACUGGGAGAGUGUGUUUACUGUACUGGGAGAGAGUGUUUACUGUACGAUAAGCCCCGAUGACAACUUAAUGAACGAAUAAAACUGAUA